GAGGCAGCGAGCGCCAGUUGUCACCCGACAGCCGCAAGAGAAAGACGCGGGCCUAGCUCGACGUGUUCUCUUUACAAACUUGACGCGAACAGCUUUUACGAAACAACUUCCUUUUGCAAAUUCGAAAAAGGAAUACAUUUUUCUGAAAGAGUGUUCUUCUUUGUGGACAGUGUCAAGUGCAUAGUGAUGUUAAUAGAACUUUCGGAUCGUGUGUUUGGUAUUUUGGACGUCCGUUGAUGGAUUCCGUGGAGGGGAUGGAGCGGGACCGGCUGGUGGAGCAGGUGGUGCUGCUGGCGCUGUACCUGGUCUCCACGGCGGGGAACUCCCUGGCUCUGCUCGUGUUCUGCCGACGACCUGGACUCAGGACUAUUUCUAACCGGUUCGUGAUCAACCUGCUGGCCGGCAACGUGGUGACGACGUCGCUGCUGGCGCCCGCGCUGCUGGCGGAGCACGCGGCGGGCGCGGGCGCGGGCGCGUGGCGCGGCGCGGGCGAGGCGGCGGCCGCGGGCUGCUCGCUGGCCGCGCUGCUGGGCGUCACGCUGAUCGCGCUGGACCAGCACCACGCCGUCACCGACCCGCUGCGCUGCCACGCGCGCCUGCUGCAGCGCCGGCCCGGCCCGCUGUGCGCCGCCGCGGGGGCCGCCGCCGCCGCCGCCGCCGCCCUGCGCGCCGCCCUAGCCGUGGCCGAGGCGCUGCUGCCGCCCUCGCCGCUGCUGCUUGCGCUGCGGCUGGCCUACUCCGGCGUGUUCCUGCUGGGCGUGCUGGCGCCGGCCGGGCUGGUGUGCGCCGUGUACGCGCGCAUCUACCGCGCCGCGCGCCGCGCCGGCCGCCGCGCGCGGGCCAGCGGCGCCAGCGCGCUGCAGCUGCACGAGCCCGCGCCGCCCGACGAGGACGGGCUCACGCUGCGCAUCGACGUGCCCGGCGCCGAGGAGCCGCGCUACGGGCCCUUCCUGCUGCCGCCGGAGCGCCCGCGCCGCUGCCCGUCCGUGGCCAGCCUCAAGCACGCGCGGCGCGACGAGCGGCCCGCGCUGCCCGCCGUGAGCUCGGCGCCGCUGCUGGCCGCGCCGCUGCUGCUGCGCCCGCCGGCGCCCGCGUCGCGCAUCACCUCCAUCCGCUGCCGCAUCUCCAACGCGUCCAUGUUCCGGUACCGCGAGGAGUCCCGCGCUGCGCGCGUGGGGCUGCUGACGGGCGCGCUGGUGCUGCUGCACGUGCCGCACGCGGCGCUGGGCGUGCUGCGCGCGGCGGGCGCGGCGGGGGGGGUGGGGGAGGCGGCGCGCCUGCCCGCGCUGGCGCUGCUGUUGCUGGGGGCCGCGGCGGCGCCCUUCCUGUUCGCGCUGCGGUCGCGGCGCGUGCAGCGCGAGGCGCGGCGGCUGCUGCUGCCGGAGAAGAGCGCGUGGGAGCGCGGCGCGGCGGCGGCGGCGGACGGGCAGCGCGCGCGCGCGGCGCUGGACCUGCUGCGCACGCUGUCCCCGGGCGAGGAGGCGGGGGGCGCGGGGGCGGCGCCGGGAAACGCGCCCGCGGGGGCCGCGGGGGGCGCGGGGCGCGGCUCCUUCAGCUCGGGCGGCAGCACGCAGCUGUCCUCCGCCUCGGACGAGUGACCGCGCGCCCCGCCCCGCGCCCCGCGCCCCGCGCGCCCCGCACCGCGCCCCACCGCUCUACUCAUCUGUGAUACUAGGCUAAGCCGCGCCCGCGCGACCGUGAGACUGAUCUAGCUCUAAGUUAUUUAUUAACGUGUCCAUAUGUACCUUUCCGCUGAGCGGACCACUAUUUGUAAAAUACCUGAUAUUAUUAUGUGUGAAUUGAAUAAGUAUUGAUGGUAAAAAAAUAUAAAUUCGCAUCGAAAUGUAA